GCCCCGAUGCACGAUCAUCGGCUGCCGGGGCGUUCACGCCAAUCCUACAACACUUCUGUAUAAACUUUCAUUCUCUCUCAUCAACAGUUUACGUGUGCAAACCAUUGAUUCGUUGCUUUAUUACUUCGUCAAGUGUGUUGUGCUGUUGUUAGAGUAUAAUAGGGACACAUCAUCGGGGGUUGUUUUUGUUCAAUUGGUAUUGAUAAAGCGUUCGUUAUUGGUGAAGAGGCAAUUGAGGCCUCAAGUAUACAAUAGAAAGGACUUCACUCCGGGUCACGAGUCUUCGCUGGAGCAAAUCACGUCCCUAUUUCUCCAGAAGGAAGUUAUGCCGAGAGUAAUGAAAAUUAGUCGAGUGUGAAAAACGAUAAAAAUGUCGAAGGAAUGCCGAUACUUCGUGCAGCAUGCCUGGAAGAAGGAGCUCUGUGCCAACUGUUUCGAGUCCCGGCAGGAUCACCAACGCUCAGCGCCAUGUACAAAGCCAUUAAUAGCACGAGAAGUUAAAAAUGUUCAGGGUAUUCUUCGUGGUCUUAGAACAACGGCUGUGACAGGAUCUAGACGUAAAAAAAAUCGCGUGGCAUUUCCGGAAGAGUUGACUAGAGUCAUUGGAUACGGUGGCGAUGAUUAUUUCGACAAUGACGAUGAAUUGGACCCGAUGUCCAACGACGUACAGAUAAUAGAUGCUGACUCAAAGUUCAUCGAAUCGAAAUGUCAAAAUACCAAUGACGACGAAGACACUGAUUCACUUCAAGACAGCGAGGAGGAUCGCGCACUCAGCAAUCUCACUCGAGUCAACACAAAUUUCAACAUGAUAACGGCUAAUUUGACGAGUGCACCUAGUGAAACGAAGCCAAAAACAGUUGGUCUUAUGCUUGGUAGAAUUCAGAAAGACGCCGAUGGCAAUAAAACCACACUGCUCAUAUCUGUAACGCCAUUUGGAGCUGAUGACGUUAGUGUGCCAACAGCCCGAAGGCCAAUUGAGAGAAAACGAGCCGAUGAACGGCCAGUUGCACUUGAAAAAAUCGUCGAUAUGCCGUUAAUUGCGUCGAAUAAUCUAAUGGCAAUCAAGAAAAAUGAUGCACCAAGUAGUCCAGCGUCGAUUCGUGUCCCUGACUUCGAAAUUGAGACCAAAUUGUCGGCAAUUAUCUCGGAGUCGACAGUUAAAAGUACGUGCGAAGCGAGAGAAUGUGAAAAUGUCAAGUCAACAAUCACCAAAACAGAGUGCAAUCCGUCAAAAGUGAAUGAGGAGUCGGAAAAAAUUGUCAGUAACGGGGAGAGUUUAGUUGACCCGAAUUACGAGGAUUUGGAUGAGCGAACGGUCGAAGGUGAAUCAGAGCCAAUCGAGAAUGCCGAGUGUUCAGGAUUUCUUGAGGAUAACAAUAGCCGUGAGGAGGCUGGUGUGCCCGAUGGAAAAGCAGACGAGGACGAGAUAUCGCUGGAAUGUGGCAUUCCCACUGAGCCAAGACGAUCAUUUCUGCAUUCAGAUACACUCGCUGGUAAAAAACCCACUGCCAUUUCAAAGACCAUAUCAGUCGAGGCUAAAGGAAUCGCUGUGAUUCCUACGCUUGAUGAUGCAAUUCCACCGAAUGUCGAUAGCAAGCAGGAGAAUGGGGAAAAUGUCGAGCGAUACGCAGAAUCGUCUAUCAGGGAGGACGAAUGUGGCUUGGAUAAUCAGUCGAGUGGCAAUGGAAAACGCCGGAUGGCACCGAAACCCCCGGAAGCCAAUUUGGAUGACACUUCCGGUCCUCUUUUCACUCGUAAACCAAAUUUCAAGAUUAAUUUAAAGUCUGAUUGUCCUGUUGUUCGGGAAAAGGAGAAGCGGGAGCGUGCGACGACUUCUUCGAGUCCCAAAUUGAAGAAAUCACUGGGUCCAAUGGUGUCCGAGGACUCUAUGAGUUUUUCCGCGGGGAGUCAACCCCCUGAGGACUCGCCGGAGCCGAGGAGAAGUAUUUCCCUGUCCCACCAGGACAUUCCGUCGUCCUCGAUGGUAGCUGACAAAAUCGAGGAGAAGAAAAAGAGCAAGUCACGUUUUUCAUUGAAAAAAUUGCUGAGAAUGGGCGGCUCGAGAAAGGAUAUUAAUUUAAUAACUACAAUGGCCUCGUCGGCAACAAAAGUGGACGAAAUACCCGGGACCAUUCAACCUAAACCGAGAUUGGAGAUUAUUCAUCCGUUGGAGUUGGAUGGAGCCGCUGUGGAAGUAUUACGACAUGAUAAACUUACCAAGUGCCAGGAGGAACUCGUGGUCAAUGAUUCGAGACUAGAGGCGGGGAGUAAUGUCACUGCGAGACUCGGAAAGCCCCCGCCACCCCCCAGAAACGGUCAAUCAUCGAUAAAUUUGCCGAGCAAGCAGCCCUCAACAAGGCCCCCACCCCCCACACCGGAUAAUCCAACAAAAUCCUCACCACCAGUGAGAGCAUGGCACACAACUCAGCACGGAACAGUCGCUGGUGACUCAAUUUACGCGAAUUUAGCACCGGAGAAUGUUGCAGGUGAGGUGAGAAGCACACUUGCACCGUCCAAGCCACAGCGCACAGCCAGCAUAAAGCGUGAGAGUGAAACGAUGAAGAGUAAUCACUCGAGUCCAAGGGAAUUGGCUGCCUCUCGACGUUACGAAAAAUCUUGUCUCGAUGUACCAACGAAUUCGGAUUCACUCGACUCGACUUCGAGUGACAGUCACGAUGUCUACGAGUUUCUCUCGAGUUCACCGGAGUGUGAUUCGAAUCUGGAGCUUCGUAGGCAUGCCAAUGAGGCAACAAGAGCAAAUGCCAAUAAAAGAAACUCGGAGGGUGGCGGUGGUGGCGAUCAUUAUCGACAAUUCAAGUAUACCAAGUCAACAUUUGCGAGGUCUAAUUCACUGCCUUACUGCCACAGCGAGACUGAGAGCGAUGGGUUUUAUACUGGGAAUGAGGGUGCGGAGGAGGAUCAAGACUGGAAGACAAAGAACGAGGAUUUCGUAAUGAACCGAGUGCGACAGAGGAGAAAUCGAACUGUCGUUCAUCGAAGUUUGGAGGACAACUACGGUGCUGUUGUCAUAGCCAAUCACGAAUCUCUGGCACAAUUGCUAGAACGAUUAUCCCAAGUGGACCACUCAUCUCUCUCCCUUCAUCUGCGACCCUUGGGCGCCUCGAAUCCACGUCUCAAAGACUUUCACAUCGAAGUUGACACGCUGCGAACAAUUGGGAAACGAGCUUUCUGUUCUGCCUCGUGGAACGACCACCCAGUGACAAUUUGUUUGUCUUCCGACAGUCUCACCUCACCAGUCUCUCACAAAGAAUUCUGUCUUCCUCCGAUCCUCGAAUUUGCAGAUCGAAUUUCUGAUGAGGCACCAUUCAAUCGCGUCAAUACACUCACCAAGAAUGAAGACGUCACGGUAUCGGUUCUGCCACCUUACCAAGUAUGCUCGAUGAAGUCAUUCCUCUCAAAUCUACCGCGACAACUUCGUAAUAAUAGCAGCAAUGAAACCAUAAUGAGAGAAUGUUGCCUAGUUCUUCUACAAUUCGUAACAGCAUUGAAAAAUCUGCAGGCACGUGGAAUCGAGGAAUUGCCCAAGAGCCUGGGUAAUUUCGUGCUCUGCAAGGAGGAGAGAGAUCCCUCGCAUCGUCUCUAUCAUCUUCAGAGUCUACACGUGGAUCACAUAAACGACGAUGAGGAGCAAGUUUCACUGUGUCAGAGUGCUCUAGUUGCCCUACGGGAACUCAAUCUAACGAACAGACUUCCGGUAAUAAGAGAAUUACUCGUGCGUGAACGCGCCGUGAGCCUCUCCCAGGUGAAAGCUGUGCUUGAGUAUUCACUGUGGGGCCCGGCAGAUGUGACAUUAGACGUCUGGAAAGAGAGGGAAAUUGUUUUGCAGAGGUGGCUAGACCUUGAGAGGGCGACGAUUCUUCACGCUCUAGUGAGGACACGACCUCCUCUCGUCGUUGCUGAUGAGUAUCAGCUCAUCUUCUUGGUUCAAACGACAGCGAAAAAUAUGUGCGAGGCGUCCGUACUUCUAGAUGAGCAACGAUCAAAGUUUCAUUCUCUUCAACAAACUUGAUUAAUUCGGUUGCGAAGUGAUGGGGCGGUAUGAAAAAGAAUUCUACAUGUUUUUUAAGUGUGAAUUCAUCUUGGAGACGUGGAAUUUCCGGAGGAAAUGAAAGUGAGACCUUCUCAUAGACGAAAAAAAAUCGUGAUGGAUAAUUGUUUUCAUCUCCAUGAUGUUCAUUAAUUUAAGAAAGGUUAUUAGCUCAUUUUGGAAAGGAAUUGUUUCUCCAAUAUUUCUUGACCUUUCUUGAAUUAAAAUUUCGUAAUAUUUUCCUCGGAAAAAUUGA